UGAUAUUCAUCUACUGAAUCCCUCAACCACUCGCCGGCGCCGGCGACUUUUCUGUUUCCGAUCAUCAACAAGUAACCGACUCUCCGUUAAUCUACUAGCCGGAUAAAUAUCAUCGUUCACACAUAUAUGACGUCGGGAACACGGUUGCCGACUUGGAAGGAGAGAGAGAACAACAAGCGUAGAGAGAGACGACGGCGUGCAAUCGCCGCUAAAAUAUUCGCCGGACUUAGAGUUUAUGGAAACUACAAGCUUCCGAAGCACUGUGACAACAACGAGGUGUUGAAAGCCCUAUGUAAUGAAGCCGGCUGGAUUGUUGAAGAAGACGGAACGACUUAUCGUAAGGGCUGUAAACCUGUUACACGCGUGGAGGUUACAGGUGGAUCGGCAUCGGCCAGUCCAAAUACUUCUUACAGUUUGAACCCCAGUUCAUUAUCUUUUCCAAGCUCCAUCUCAUCUCUCUAUUCCGCUAAUGGCAACCCGGACCCUAAUUCUCUUAUACCAUGGCUAAAAAACCUUUCAUCCGGUUCUUCUCCUUCAUCCAAUUUUCCUCACCAUCUUUACACACCCGGUGGUUCAAUAAGUGCUCCCGUCACUCCUCCAUUAGCUUCACCUACUUGUCAGACACCGCGAAUGAACGACAUGGACCCCGCCUGGGUCCCACAACACUACCCGUUUUUACCGUCUUCAACCCCUCAAAGUCCAGGCCGUCAAACACCAACUGGUUCAGGAUGGCUAUCCGGGGUCCAAACGCCCCAAGAAGGACCAUCGUCGCCCACGUUUAGUCUUGUCGCAUCAAACCCGUUUGGUUUCAAGGAAGCACUUUCGGGUACUGGCUCACGAAUGUGGACCCCGGGGCAAAGCGGGACUUGCUCACCUGCCAUUACGGCUGGAGUUGACCAGACAGCAGAUGUUCCUAUGUCUGAUGCGGUUUCAUCUGAGUUUGCUUUUGGUAGUCAUAUGAAAGGUCUGGUGAAACCAUGGGAAGGUGAAAGGAUACAUGAAGAAUGUGUUUCGGAUGAUCUUGAGCUCACCCUUGGGAACCCUAGCACUAGAUGAAGAGGGCGUGGUGGAAUCUGCAAUGUAUCAUCAGCUGAUUUUCUUUCUUAAAAAGAUUUUUUUUCCCAGAAAGAGGAGAGAAAUUCAUAGUAAAUUAUAGGUGAUAGUUCUUGUGUGAUGGUAUCUCUUUAUUUAAGUAUUUUUCUAUUUUAUAUUUUUUCUAAUUUAUUUAUUUUUGUUCCCA